AUGCAGCCCUCGCCAUUCCGUCCGCCCAUGAUGGGUAGCUCGAGUAAUUCGCUCGAGCUGCCCCCAGUUCAGGCUGUGACGUCGGGCGCAUUCCCAUCAACACCGGGGAUGCUCUCCGCUCCACCCAGUAGACCGGGUAGUGGAAUGCAAAUGGCUCAUCUGCUGCAGCCCAUGCCUCAAGGCCCUCCACCGCAUCAGCAGUUGACAAGCGUCCCGUUCCGGGCCCUUCAACAUCCCCGUAUUCCCGAUUCUACGAGUCGGGGUCGGGGUCCCCCAGCAGAGAGUGGUGGUAUGUCCGAUGUACCUUCUAUGGGGCCACUUCCAGGGGGCCUCUUCCAGACGAGCCCGAUCGGGCAUCAUUCGCAGGCGCAGCAGAAGCGCGCCUAUCGUCAACGAAGGAAAGACCCGAGCUGUGAUGCAUGUCGCGAACGCAAAGUUAAAUGCGAUGCAUCGGACUCGACCAGUUGUACCGAAUGUCUGAAUCGCAAAGUACGCUGCCAGUUUACUAAAGAUACCAACCGCCGCAUGUCGACUAUCAAACAGGUGCAGGACUUGGAGAAGACAGUGGCGCAGCAGAAGAACCUGUUGGAUCGGUACAAGUCGGAGCGCAUGCGUCCUGAGCAUAGCACGACAGAGGUUGAUGAAGCUAUCGUGCAGCCGGUCAUCAGUCUUCCAGAGAUCGAUUAUAAACCAGCACGUAGGCCGAGACAACCCAUCUCCCGAGAUCUAUCUGGAGUACGAUCGAAUCUUCGAAAGCAUGGACAAGGCAUUUUGAAGGAGCCCACGCCAUACCAGCAACAGAGAUCCCAGUCAGUUGUUGGCAAUGAUGCCCCGAGCCUACCGCCCAAAGAUCUCGCAGACCACCUCUUAGCCCAGUACUUCAACUGCAUUCAUUCAAUAUUACCUGUCUUGCACUGGCCCUCCUUCACGGCAGAUUAUGAGAAGGUCUAUCGCGCGGGUACGUUAGUCGGGAUCUCUAGCGAAUGGGCUGCCGUAUUAUUCGGUGUUUUUGCGUGCGGUGCUAUCCAUACCGUUGAAUCGGAGCGCGAAAAGGAAGGGAAGGAAUACGUGCGAAUUUCGUGCGGUAUAAUCGACGUCUGGCAGGACAGCUUCAACCUCGACCGAGCGCGGGCCGCUUUGUUGGCCAGCAUCUUUCUUACGAGAUCAACUCCAAAUCGGCGAGUUGGAUUACUUGCUCUCGAAAUGGGCAAGCCCGUUUUGAUCAAUGACCAGGACUGUGAUAUCGAUCUUCCUUGUCCUGUGGACGAUCGAUACAUCACAGAAUCGGCUGCGAUCCCUGAUGGCCAUCAGACAAUACCACUGCUCGCCACAAUACACGUUGUUCGAUCUCUCGGCCAACUUACGAGGACUUUACGCUGGUCAACUCUUAGCUCGGCGACUCUUGAGACAUUCGAGCGACACUUUAGCACAUGCCUCGCCACCUUCCCUCCCUACCUCCAGCCGAACAACGACCAAGACCUCGACCCUCGAUCUCUAGCGCCUGCCAUCUACCUCCAAAACGCACGCCUCCUGCUCUACCGUCAUAAUAUCUCACCUUACUGCCAACCAUCCGUCCGUGAAUUAGCAAUGGAUCGCUGCGUUUCGAUCGGCAUUGACACUGCAAACAUAAUUUCUCGUUGCAUGCGAUCACAUGCUGGCGCAGACUGGCGAACCCUAUUCGCUUCUGCCGCAGGAACUCUUCUCUGUACUCACAUCUGGCGAUGCUCUCUUUUCCUUCUUUUCCAGCAGGAAUUCGGACCCGCACUUGCUUGUGUGCAGGCUAUGGCUGCUGUUGGGGACGACCGCGCAAUCAAUGCUUCAUGUGGACGCUAUCUAGCAUUUUUCCUCCAGCUUCUGCUUGACCGCCUCCAACGGGGCGACACUCUCGAGGAAGAUGAAGAGAUGAUCGCCUAUGUUUCGGGUGACAUGCAAGCUCGAAGCUAUGUCUUCAAAGCCAAACGCCCAUUCUCCCCGGGGCCUGAAAAGGAAUGGCCGGGCUGGGAAUGGAUAGAACAAACAGUUCAGUAUUUGUCGACUGGAAAGCAACGGCAAUUGCAGAUCCAGCGUGAGCACCAGCAACUAGUUGAACAGCAGCGACAACAAGAGCAGCUGCACCAAUCACAACAGCUGCAGCCGGAAAUCCAGAUCCGACCCAGUCAUCUACAACAGCAUCUGCCGCAGCAGAUGGAAACUGACAGUCGGGAUGUCAAUAUGGAACCCAGACAGGAUGUCUCGAUGCUUCAGCCCGAAUCUUCAGCCUCAAGUGAGGACAGACGGCCCAGCUCGACGCAAUCUCGCAUGACUAUUGCCAAUAAUGUUACUAUUGUUACAUGGACUAUUGCCCAGGGUGUGAAGCGCGGCAGUGUCCGUCUAGGCGGCAGUCACAUGCCCUUGCCGCAAUUACCAACAUUGGAAAAUCACCUCACGUCACAUCGCAACUUCAACAACUCCCGAGCACGAAAGGAAUAUCGAGCUAUGGCAUCGAACACCACCAAACGCCUUCAAGAUGCCGAGAAGGCAGCCUUCACCCAAAUCAACACAGUGAGGCUCAAUUUUUUGAAUGCGAGGGUCAAGGCAUGCCCCGCUCGCAGGGAUAUGAAGGAAAUGCUAGAACACAAAGACAAAACAUUUCUUGCGCUAUGGGAAGCCCUCCGUGAUAUCUCGGUGAAUUUAUCCACGCAAACCGCAGCUUCGACAGACGUCAACAGCGAGGCUGAUGAAAGAGCUGAAUUCAAGAUUCCAAACAAUGCCACACUCAUACGACCACUCAGCAAAGCUGUGACACAAGCGGUUAUGAACGAAUCCGAUGCUUGCGAAUUUGACUCUUGA